AUAGUGGGGCACCCUCCCUAUCUCCCGCUCCUCUUCUCCCUCUGUCCCCCCCUCUCACCCAGGGCCUCUACCUCUUCACCAGCGGAUUGCCUGACCAGGAAAUUGCAACGGUGUCUUCAUAUGUGUCAGAGUGUUGCAGUGGCCGGCCUCUACGUCUCCACAUCUGUCUGUUGACUGGAGAGGAGACAGAGGGACAGACAGAGGCACAGACGGGGGGUUGCCCUCCACCUCGCCAUGCCACCAGGGAGGAGACUGCGGGGGCACUGAGGGAACUGGCACAAGCUGGCAACGGACGCUUCCACUGGAGCAGUGAGACAGGCAUCCUGGAGAGCGAUGACAUAACUGCUCUGAUUGGAGAGAUGGAGAGGGCUGCUAAUUAUUGGCAGAAGAGCGCCAUGCUGGUGGACUCCUUGACCCAGAAGUCUGACUGUAGGUGCCCAGGGGAGGAUCUCUCUCCUGGGGACAAAGCUCCGGCCCAGUCCCCCCUGGCCUGGAGAUGCAGAGACAGACCACUGCCCCCACCGCGACCCACAGCACUCACCCUCGCCAGGCUGCAAAUGAAGGAAGGCCGAACAAACGAGCAUUCCUCCUCUCAGAAGGCUCUCGCAUGGCGUCCCAGCAGUACCACAUCUACUAUCCCACCGGUACAGCCCAUGACUGGUUGGGGUCCAGUAGAGACUAAAGCCAGGCAGUGGAAGCCUUCUCAGGUCACCCAGUCUGUGUUCUACCUGGAAGAUGGUAACUUGGGUGUGGUGUUCAAGUCUUACCCCAAACCUAAAAGUGUCCGAAAGUCCAUCCCCUUAGUGACUCUGCCAAAGCAGGAAGAGAUCUGCUCGACCAAACGGUGGCUGAAGAGGUUCAGUAUUAAGAGGCAGAAGCUUGACAUCUAUAAGCUGGUGUCUGGACCUGACUGUACUCAUCAUAAGAAGCUGGUCCCUUCGGUCCUCAAGAGAGUGUCUGCCAAAUACUGCUCCAUCUUCCCCAGUGUCCACAUCAAUGGGAUGGUGAAGCACCUGCAGCUGACUCCAGGAGAGUUAAAACAGUACCUUACUCAGACUGAGAGACUCCUGCUGCGCUACAUGCAGAGGCUGCAAUGGCUGCUCUCCGGUAGCAGGCGUGUGUUUGGGGCGGUGCUGGAGAGGGAGGUGUGUGUGCUGCUGGAUGUGUCCGGCUCCAUGGCGCCCUGCCUGGGGGAGCUGAAGACCAAGCUGGCCUCUCUCAUCUGGGAACAGCUGCAUCACAACACAGUCAGGUUCUCUCUGCUGGCGUUCUCCGAGGGGGUGAAGGCGUGGCGUCCGGCACUGCAGGAGCCUACAGAGGAGGCAUGCCGCGACGCGGUGCAGUGGGCAUAUCAGCUCAACACCCAUGGGGGAACCAACACUCUGGAGGCCCUGCAGACUGGCUGUGGGUUUGGGGACAGUGUGGGCCUGUACCUGCUGAGUGAUGGGAAGCCAGAUUCCAGCUGCAGCCUUGUGCUGAAAGAGACUGAGAGGCUGACCACAGGGAACCACAUUACUAUCCACACUGUCUCAUUCAACUGCACAGACAGCUCAGCCAAUGACUUUCUGAAGAAACUGGCUCACCAAACUGGGGGUCGGUACCACCGUUGUCAUGACAAUGUGGAUGCGCUCAGUGGGCUGUUGGAAUCGGGCCUUAGUGAUGGAGAUGAACCUACCCUGCCGGCCCUCGAGGGAGAUGACUUGAGGAGACUGGCUCAGGAAAUUGACAAACUGAGACAUUUCCGGAAGCAGGCACAGGUCUUCAGGGAAAUCCUUUUGGAAAAGAAGAAUCCAGAGGAAACAACAAGAAUCAAUCAAACAGACUAGAUUACUGUAAACCCAAGAAUUUGACUUCAAUGAUUU